AAAUUUCACAAACUAAUACAUCCCUAGCUAUAUUAGGAUAUUAUUGUAUGCUCUGAGACAGUUUUAAGACUUGUGUGUUGAGAAUUUGUGUGAUUUUUAUGAAUAUUUCAUUAUAGCCCAUAUAACUGAGCCAGAAAAGGACAUUGUGGAAUCUCAUAACUGCUUUUCUUCCAGGACUCUUUCUUACAUUUUACAACAUGUCUGAUAAGCCAAAGGUGUACCAGGGCGUGCGGGUGAAGACAACUGUUAAAGAGUUGCUGCAACAGCAGAGAGCUCUCCAGACAGCAAUUAAAACAGUUAGAAUGAAAUCCCAGAGCUUGGCGAGUCAGGAUGUUUGCGUCUCCUCCUCCUUGCCAGGCCAUUAUUUUGAUUAUUUCCCUCAAGAGAUGAAUUCCAACGGCAGCUUUCAGCCGCGGGCCUUUCCAGACAGCAACGUUCAGAUGGAGAGCUUCGAUAAUCAACAAUUGAUAAGCAUGAUGAUGCCCAACGAGACCUACAGCAGUGGUAUUAUGUAUCCCGCUACUUCAACAAAACUUUGGCCCCAGGAAAAUCACUCCCUGAAUAUGGACUAUUGCGUCAAUGGCAUGGCUCCCAGCUCACCAUCAGGUUCUCUAAAUAUGUCAAGUCCGGUCGAUUACAAUAGUUAUUCGCCACAGGAGUCUUACUCUUCGUCGUGUUACAACUCUCCGAACAGGAUGGACUCGAGUUAUGGGUUUGUUCCAGAGCACUACCACUACCAGCACUGUAACCUCCAGCACUGCUACUGCCGGUCCCAUUGGUCGGGUACACAGGAGAGCAUCUCCACUCCAGAAUACGCUAUUUAUGGCACAACAGACUGUGUACACGCCUCGCCUGUGGAUGCCAGCUAUUUCAGGCGGGAAUUGUCAAGUUCAGAGAUGUGUUACCUUUAAAGAUACUCUCGGUCUUUGUUUUCUUUGUAAAUACAGUAGAAUGUACAGUGAAAACAAUGUCUGUAAUGUCAAACGGUUGCACGUUUGACACUUGUUUUAAGAUGUAGGCCUGCUUUGCAUAUCGGAGUGUUUGCUGUCAAAGUUUCCUCGGAGUUUCUGUUUUUGUUAUGAUUGGAAGAAUGCUGUUAGAAUUCAUGAGUUUGGCUAAAUGUUGCAAAUGUAUGGGCUUAGAGCUAUCUAGUUAGUUACUGACUGUGAUUUAGAUAUAUAAAAACAAAUCUUUUUUUACAAGAAAGUA